AUGCCAUUGAUGGAAGGCUCCAAGAUCUCGCACAUCGAGAGCGUGGUGAUGGUGAAGCGAUCGCACGAAGCUGAUUCCUACCCUUCCAAGCGGACGCGCCGCUCCGUUGCACACGAAGAAGCGUGGAGCGACGUGGCGCACAGCGAGAGCUCCGCAGACGGAAUGAAAAUCCGCAUCUCGCUGCCGAAGAAAUCGCAGGGCGUGAUGACAUCCACGUCGUCGCUGUCGCUGUCCUCGCAGGCCUCGCAGACUUCCGCGGUUCUGAUGGAUGGGAAAGAGGAGAAGAUGGAGGAAGAGGAGAAACGGGGAAACGGGGAAACGGAGCAAGGAAAGGAGGAGAACGCUGAGGUCAACGAACCCAAAGUGGAAGAAAAAGAGGAGAAACCCGAGGAGAAACCCGAGGAGAAACCCAAAGAAGAGUCUGAAGAAAAUCCAGAGGAGAAAAUAGAGGAGAAACAGGAGGAGGAAAAACAGGAAAAACAGGAGAAACCCGAGGAGAAACCCGAGGAGAAAAUAGAGGAGAAACAGGAGGAGCCUGAAGAGAACCACGCGGAGAAACCGGAGGAAAAAUCGGAGGAAAAAUCGGAAGAGAAAUUGGAGGAAAAAUCGGAGGAAAAACCCGAGGAAAAAUCGGAGGAAAAACCCGAGGAAAAAUCGGAGGAAAAACCCGAGGAGAAACCUGCGGUCCAGGAAGAAUCCAAGGAAUCCAAAGACCCGGUUUCAGGCAUUUCUCUGUCGCCAAAGAAAAAGAAGCUGGCCCCCGCGGAGCUUGUGAUCAUGUGCGUGAGCGGGUCGCGCCUGCACAUCUGGCCGCUGCCGGACCUUCCCUCGCUGAAGCAGGGCACGAAGUCGCUGUGCAUCGACCUCGCCGUCUUCGUGCCCGGCCUCUCCAUCGAGGACGUCGCUUUUCUCGACGGCUUCGACAAGGAGGGGCGCAUCGUCGGCGUCGCCGGCGCGGGCGGCGUCGUUCUCAUCCUCAACUGCCGCAAGCAGGAGUUGCUGUGGAAGGUACCCGCGGGGAAAGGGGUUUUUGGUAGCUGGACGGCGCGCACGAGGCCGACGUGCACUGCGUGA